ACUCACUCACUUCCUACAUCAUCACAUCCACAUACCAUGUCCGUCGUAGUCAUCGGGUCCAUGUCCAGGUUGGACGAGUACCAGUCCCUACUCACCUCGCACAAGAAUGUCAGAGGGGAAAUGGUGGAUCGGGUCCUCGAUGGAGCGACAACCCUGCCCCCUGCCCCGCUCGACCUCCACCUUGUGAUUCCUCAGCCGAUUCCCUCGACCUUACUCUCCAUGAUUCCACCUUCCACCACUGUCCAUGUCCAUCUUGGUCCCUCCGAUGACCCAGCCGCCAUAAUCACCGCCAUGUCCACCUUCCACCCCCUGCCUUCCACCCCCUCUGUUCUCUCCUUCACCGCACCGUCACCUCACGUCGUUCCCUUACGCACACUCAAGCGUAACCCAACGGAUAGGGCCAAAAAGUCUGCUCUCUGGGCCCUUGACUCGCCACUCCUCCCUGACGGUGGUCGAUCCCUCCUCACCCCGGAAGACAAACAGCGUCCCGAAUGCACAAUUCCUGAUACAUCGGGGAAGCCCGUCAAACGCAGGCGAGCGUGUAAAGACUGCACAUGUGGACUCAAGGAGCUGGAGGAAGAGGAGGACGCCAGGUCAGCCGCUGCCGUCAGAGAGGCUCAAAAGUCGUUCUUCCUCGAAGGCGACGAUGAUAUCCCAGAAAAUGUCAAGAAGGCCACCGAAGGGAUGGAAGGGGUCUGGCCAGUUGACAAACGAGCAGAGGCUAAAAAGACGAGCAGUUGCAAUAGUUGCUACCUUGGAGAUGCUUUCAGGUGUUCGAGCUGUCCUUACCUGGGUCUGCCGCCGUUCCAGCCGGGUGAAAAGGUGCAGAUAUCGCUGGGGGAUGAUAUUUGAGUGAUCCCGGCGAUGAUCGUAUAUAGAGCAUGCACUGUAUCAUACACACUUGUCGAGGGAGUCUCUCGAGACGUGAAACUUAAGUGAUGAUAGAGCGUUCCAUGUAGCACACCUGAGUCAGGAGCACGACACACAAACAUGACGUGCAUCGUAUCAUCAUGCUCUCGUCGACGGCUCGCGGCGCUUCGCUGGCUCGCCUCCUACGCUGAAUCCGCGUCGCUCACUCGUAUCCUCGGCCCAUUCGAGGAUGUCAUGUGCACCUCUUCAAACCACGUCGCUAG